UCAUAAUAAAAUUCAAGAAGAUAAUUCGAAUCAAUAAAUCAUGGUGAACAAUUCAAAUAUUCAAAUGCAAGAAUUAUUAUCAAAAAUUCAAAUAGUUCCGAAUGAUCAAUUUGAAUCAUUAUAUGAACAGAUUUUCGAAUUAUUGGAUGAAAGCAAACACAAAACUCAUGAACGUCAUUUUAAAGAAAAUUUUAUCGAAAAAUUAGUUGAUCUUUAUCUACAAACAUUUUCCGAUCGUGUUUUCCGAAUUUUGGUUGGAAUUUCAUCACCGCUUGAUGAGUGCUUAUUCAAUAUUUUGAUGAAAAAAAUCAAUGUUCAAUAUAAUGUUGAAAAACGUUUUGCUGUUUUUAUUCUUAUUUCGAAUGUUGUUCAUCGUUCACCAUCAUGGUUGCCGAAUAUUAUCAAUACACCAUUAUUGAAUUGUUUUUUCAACAUUUUAAAGAAUGAUCAAGAAAUAGUUAUACUUGCAAUAUCUGCAUUGAUUCUUGUCGAAUUGAUUGCAGCAUUACCAUGUCUAAUGACACAAUGUCUUGAUGAUAUAUUUGUUUGUUUUUCGCGAUUAUCAUCAUUUCUUUAUAAAGGAAUGAAUCAACCGAAUGAAGAAGAUGAUAAAAAAGAUUUGAAUCAAAGAAAAAAUCUAUCAUAUUUAAAUCUAAAUUCAAUUGUUUAUCGUGUGUUUAUCCGUUUGUAUGCAAUGUAUCCUUGUAAUUUUUUAGAUUAUCUUAAAACUAACUAUGGAUUAGGUUGUAAUAAGGAAAAUAAUGCAAUAUUUCGAAAAAUUAUUCAACCAAUGUUGAAUAAAAUUCGUUUUCAUCCAUUUCUAAUAACAUCAUCAAAAAAUCGUGAAUGUGAUAAAACACGUUGGUUUUAUAAAGAACCACAUGAUAUACUGGAAGAAUGUUGUCAAUAUUCAAUCGAUCCAUUUGAAUCAUCAUAUUUUGUUGAUGAUGAUCUUUCACAAUUGUAUGAAUUUUUAACCAAUGAAGAUGGUGAUAAUGCUGAUGGCGAUGGCGGUGGUGAAAUAUGUAACCGAUCAGACCCACCACUUUAUUCGACAACAAUUUCAUCAAAUUCAAUUUUCUCCGAACUAAAUAAAACGAUUAAUGAAAAUGAACAAAAUUUACCAUCACUUUGUUCACGGAAAUAUCAUAUGAUGAUGAUGACAACAGACGGCAAAACAAAUGUGGACCGAAUUGAUAAUCUUGAAUCAGCACAAGAAGCAAUAAAUAUGAGUCAAAAACAAAUAAAUUCUUCAUCAUUUAUCGUUAUGGAUGAUAAACAAAAAUCAGAAAAUAAUGGAAAAAAUCUUGUCAAACCUGUAGCAAUUGCUGCCAAUUCAAAAACAUCUCUAUUAGAAAAUUCUAUACAAAAACGAAACAUAAGUAAAAAACAAUCAUGUUUUUCUCCAUUCAAACCAAUCAAAGAGAUUGGUAAUAUUGGUACAAAAAAUGAUAUGAUUACAUCAUUAUCGAAAACCGAAACCGCAUCACCAAUCGAUAAUCAUUUAUUUAAUUCGAAUCAAUUACGUAAUUGUAAUUCGGUUGACCAUUCUCAGGCGAUCAACAACAAUAAUGAUAAUGAAGAUGUUGAUAUUGAAAUUAUAAGUUAUAAUUUAGAAAAUGAAAAUGAUAAAUUAUCUAUGAACAAUAGAAAAAAUCCAGCCAAUGAUAUUUCGGUUAUCGAUAAAGAAGAAGCUGAUAAAAAUGAUCAUCAAUGUCAGGAUUCAAUGAUGAUGAAAAAAUUGAAUGAUGAAUUGGUUGAAAAUGUAAAAUCAUCAUUCAAACAUUUGAAUACAAGAAUUCGUUAUCAAAGUAAUUGUCAAGAUGAAACAAAUGAUGUUGGUUAUGAUAAUGAUUUUGGUUUUUCCAUUUCAACAUUGUUAGCAAUGAAAAAAUUUAGUAAAUCUUGUCCAAUACUUUAUUUUGAAAAUGUUGAUGAUAAUUCAUCAAUCAACGAAUUACAUAAGGAUAAUAAUCAAAACGUAAAAGAACAACAAAAUAAUGAACAUUGUAAAGAAAGACGAAAAUGUUCAAUGGAAAAAUCGAAUAAUCGAAUCAAUUUGAUAUUGGAAAAUCCAAAUUUGCAUUCGAAUCGUUCAUCAACAUCGACGACUGUUAAUAAAACAUGUAAAUCAGUAGAUUUUACUAAAGAAAUUAGAUCAUUAUUAUUUGCUCAUUGUGAUUCAUCGAAAAAUAUUCAUUUAAAUAGAUUAUUACAUGAAUCAAAACGACAUUUAUUAUUUCAAUCAUCAUCAUCAACAUCAAUUGAUUUUCAAACAACAACAACAACACCAACAAAAUUUGAAUUCAGUUCACCACAUGAAUUAUUAGAUCGUACAUUAUCAACAUUAAGUGAAUUUUAUCUAAAAGAUUUGAAUGAACGUCCAACAGAAUUGAAUGUUGAUACGGAAGAUUCAAUGAUUAAUCGUCGUGAUUCGAUUCCCAACAAUACAAAUUCCAAUACAAAUAGUAUUGAACAUAUACCAUCAUUAAAUUAUUUAAAUUCAAAUCCAAAUGAAGAAGAUAUGAAAAAAAUAUUAGCAAUUAUGUAUGCACAAUUAGUAUUUGAACGACAUCAAAGAAAUUUACAUGUUAUUCGAAAUCGUCGAUUAUAUAAAAAAUCCAAAGAAUCUAUUCAAUUAGAAGGACAAUUUAAAUCGAUGAAAGCACAAAAUGAUUCACUUUUAAAAGAAAUUGAAUUAAUCAAUAAAAUUGCUAAAAAUAAUUCAUUAAAAUUUGAAAAAGAACGACAAUUAUUCAGUGUUGGAAUGAAAAAAUUACAAGAAAAUUUAAAUAAAUAUCGAAAAAAUUAUGAAGAAUUAUUGAAUGAAAAAAUAAAUUUAGAACAACAUUAUCGCCUGGAAAUUGAUGGUUUGAAUAAAAAUUUUCGCCACAAGGAAGUUGAAUUGAAUAAAUUCCUUUGUAGUUUUGAUAAAAACAUUGAUCUAAUGAAAUUGGAACAAGAAAAUCUUGAAUUGAAAAAUCGAAUGUUUUUAUUUGGUGAAUAUUGUGGUAAAAUUAAAGAUGCUUAUUGUCAUUUAAAAUCUAUGCCAGAUUUGAAUGAUAAAUUUAUUAAUGAAUCAUUAAAAUUUGAAAAUGAAGAUCUACAAAAACAAAAUUCCGAUCUUGGUGUUCAAUUAAAAUUCUAUAUGGAAAAAUGUCAAACAUUAGAAAAUCAAAUUAAACAAAAUGAAACAAAACAAAAGGAAAAAAUUUCAUCAAAUGAAUUGGAUUAUGUUCGUGAAUGUUUAAAGGUUAAAGAUGAUCAGAUUGAUGUACUAAAAACAUUGAUAGUCAACUAUGAAUCACAUAUUAAAAAAUUGAAUGGUGAAAUGAUUGCAUUGAAAUUAACUCCUAAAUAAUUUUUUUAUCGAAAAAUGAUAUAUUCGGAAGUUUGUUUUUUGUUGAAAAAUCAAUCCAAUUUGAAAGCAAAAUAAUAAAAAAAAAGAAAUUUUGAUGAUC